GUGACGAAUGCAGCCGAAGAUGAUCAGCCAGGCCGAACACGGACGCCGUGCACAGUCGUGGCGAGGGCGCGGACCUAAACACUCCAAAGACACUUUCUUCAAGGGUAUGGACAUAGAAGACUUACCUAAUGAGCUGUCUGUGACGUCACAGGAUGCUGCAGGACAUUUGCAAAAGUGAAGCAUGGUGACAGAGCGUAGGUCCUUCCGGGCCCAGCGGGACUCGGACGAGGUUGUCGUGCACGUGAACGUGGGCGGGCUGAGGCGUAACGUCUGCUGCAGCGCUCUGAAGAACUUUCCGGACACCAGACUAGGAAAACUUCUAGAAUGUGACUCGGAAGAGGACAUCCUGCAGGUGUGUGACGACUACGAUGGGCAGCAGAAGGAAUUUUACUUUGACAGGAAUCCCGGUUUGUUCCCAUACGUGCUCCACUUCUACCAGACGGGAAAACUUCACAUCAUGGAGGAUUUGUGCGUCUUCUCCUUCAGUCAGGAGAUGGAGUACUGGGGAAUCAGCGAGUUCUUCCUGGACAGCUGUUGCAGCUUCCGUUUCCACGACCGCAAGCUGGAGAGCAGCCGCCAUCGCAGCUGGGACGACGACAGCGACGUCAGCAGCAUUGACACCUUGCCGGAUGAGAUUUCCGACCUAAAAAAGGACAUGCAGCACUUCCAGAAGGUGCGAUGCGGGAACGUGCGCAGGUGCUUGUGGCUCACGCUGGAAAACCCAGGAUACUCGGUUCCGAGCAAGCUCUUCAGUUUGCUCUCCAUCAGCGUGGUGCUAACGUCCAUCACCAUCAUGUGCAUCAACAGCAUUCCAGAAUAUCAGACGUUUGACUCUGAAGGGAAGCUGACGGACGAUCCCACGAUGCACGCGCUGGAGCUGUUGUGCACGUCCUGGUUCACCAUGGAGGUGGUGAUGCGCCUUCUGCUGGCACCAAACAGGAAGAGGUUCUUCCAACAUCCUCUGAACAUCAUCGACUUGUCGUCCAUCUUCCCCGUCUACGUCACGCUGGUCUGCGACGUCGUGCUGGACGCCCAGUCCGAGCUGGGAGACCUGGGACGUGUCAUCCAGGUCCUCAGGCUGAUGAGGAUCUUCAGGGUGCUGAAGUUGGCGCGACAUUCCACUGGGCUUCGUUCGCUGGGGGCCACACUGCGGCACAGUUACCGUGAGGUGGGCAUUCUGCUGCUUUACUUGGCUGUGGGAGUGUCCGUCUUCUCUGGAAUGGCGUACACCGCCGAGUACGAGGAGGUCAAGCGUCCUUUAGUGUCCUUAAGUGCAGUGAUCUGCUGACACAUCACAUCACACCACUCGCUGCU